AACCUGCCUCCUCGGCCUGCCCUAGCUUCAGGGUGAAUUUAUAUCAUCACUUGGCAACACUGAGCAGUUCUUUCCUUUUGUCAAAAAUAGCGAAUUCCUUGUGAUUCUUUUGAUAAUUUUUCUGUAAAACAAGGUAUCCUCAUCUUUCCAAAAUAACUAACACAAGCAACAAGAUGCCAGAACUCACAGAGUUGGACAAGGCCACAGCUUCCAUGACAGAGAAACGCAAGGAGGAGACCGCAUCCUCGGACAGUGACUCCGAUGACACCAUCCCAGAAUUGGAAGAUGCGGGUGGUCCAGGAACCGGCGGAAUCUCAAACCCGAUCGCGGGCAUCGACAUAGUCUCCAAAGCGAAACAGUCUCGCGGUGAGAAGAAAGCGCGUAAAAUCAUGAGCAAACUCGGUCUCAAACCAGUGCAAGGUGUAAACAGGGUGACCAUCAGAAAAUCAAAGAACAUUCUAUUUGUGAUCAAUUCUCCUGAUGUAUACAAGAAUCCACACUCAGACACAUACAUAGUGUUCGGGGAGGCCAAGAUCGAGGAUCUGUCACAGCAGGCCACCAUGGCGGCCGCUGAGAGGUUCAAGGCUCCGGAGUCUGCUGCGGCCAACGAGGCCAGUGCCAAUCAAACGACCGUGGCGCCCAUAGCGGAGGAGGAAGACGAAGAAGGCGUGGACGAGGCGGGCGUGGACGAGAAGGACGUGGAGAUCGUGAUGUCGCAGGCCAACGUCAGCCGCGCCCGCGCCGUGCGCGCGCUGCGCAACAACCACUCCGACAUCGUCAACGCUAUCAUGGAGCUGACGAUGUAAGCAGUCACAAGUUUAGCUGUAAGUUCGUGUUAAUGAGUCUAAAGUCGACAUCUCCAGAAGCCUGGUGUACGGAGUGUAUAUAGAAUUAUUUACUUCAAUACAUUACAUUAAUUGUCA